UGGUUACCCUAAAAGGCCCCUUUGCCUUUGUCUUUGAUGUCAAAAGGAAAAGAAUGAGACUUUGCAAGGAGCAGAGUCGCGUUGAGUCUGAGAGAAAUGAAGAGAAUAAGGCAACAGCUUCUUACCCUACAACGUCUUCCGCUCUCACCAGAGCUCCUCCGCUUUCAAAUUCCUCCCAUUCUUUCUCCAUUUUCUUCUUCUUCCUCCUUCAUUUCCGGUUCUCCAUCAGCUUCCAUAGCCACCGAACCCAAUACCACUCUGACCCACGACGAGCUCACAAGGAUCAAUCUCCUCCUUCCUCGUCUUUGUCUCUACAACCACCUUUCUACUGCUAUCACUCUUCUCCAUGCCACUCUCCUCACCAAUCCUUCACUUCAAUCUCUUUCCCUUUCAGUUCUCUCCCACUCACUUGCUUCCCAGUCCGAUUUUGCCCUCACAAUGUCCCUCCUCACUCGUCUUAAGCACCAUCCUAAUGCCCUUCUCUAUUCAACCCCUAUCGUCACUAUGCUUAUUUCCUCGUAUUGUAAACGCCGGAAAUCCAAGGAGGCCUUGAAGAUUUUCCAUUGGAUGCUGAGACCGGGGUCGCCAUGUAAGCCGGAAGAGAGGGUUUAUAAAACCCUAAUUGCUGGACUUUAUAGGAAGGGUAUGACAUUUGAUGCUUUGAAGGUUCUCAGGAAUAUGAUUGAUUCGAAUUUGGUUCCGGAUUGCGAUUUGAGAAAUUGGGUUUUUAGGUGUUUGCUGAGAGAAGCGAUGAUCCCCGAAGCAAUGGAGUUUAAUGAGACUUUUAAUUUCGUUGGCGAUCAGGAUACCAUUGACCAUCUGAGAACGGUAUCGGAAUUGUUGAAUCGUAUCAUCACCAAUUGGAUAGACUAGAGAAGAUCUUCUGUAACAGGUUCCUUUCUUGGAGAAGGAAGAGAAACUUGGCCGUUACCGGUGUAUUCAAUCCCAGCGAGAGGAAAGUCAGUGACGCAGGACCCUAUAGUCUUCGCAAAUCUUCAAGGUAGAAAGGCUUGAGCAUCAAGUUCACAUCAAAUGUUACAAACUGGGAUAAACAGCUUAGAAAUUGAGGGUAUAAUGUAAUAUAAUGGUGGUUAAAUGUCCCUGCAACCCGAGUGGAGGUUUUAACUACACAAUUUUUUCUCUGUUUGGUGUCAUCCUUUUGGACUUGGGGUUUCAAUAGAAUCUUCGUACAAAGUUCUCUCUCA